CCUAAAGAGACAAAAAAUCAAAAUAUAGUAUAAAUUAUUGGAACAAUUUCUUAUGCCCAUGUAUACAAGUUAUAAUCAAUAAUUUAUAUGAUGUUCCUUUUGACAGGGUCAUGCUAAAGAGAAGGCUUACAUCGCAGCACAAGGUCCGACUGAGACAACUAUCGGCGACUUUUGGAGAAUGAUUUGGGAAAAGAAUGUUUACACAAUAGCUAUGGUUACGAACCUUGUUGAAGAAAAAAAGACGAAGUGUCUACAGUACUGGCCGACAGUUGAAUCUAGCACACGUUACGGAGACUUCACUGUUCGUACGGAAUCUGAAGCAAUAUUUGCCGAGUUUACAAUCCGUAAUCUCAAAGUCGACUUUGAGGAGGGGAAGCCCUCAAGGACCAUCACUCAAUUUCACUUCACCGCAUGGCCUGACCAUGGUGUACCAAGAAGCACAUCAAGUUUGCUUCAGUUUUGGAGAAAAGUAAGAAACAACGACGCAAACAAAGCACAUACUUGGCUUGUACACUGCAGCGCUGGUGUUGGUCGCACUGGUACCUUUAUUGCCACAGAUAUAUUAUACGACCAAGGUAAAGAAAAGGGAUCAGUUGAUAUACACAAGUGUGUUAGAAACUUGCGCGACCAAAGAGUCAACAUGGUCCAGACAAAGGAUCAGUACCUUUUCCUUCACGGUUUGAUGAUUGAAGCAUUGAUUCUACCAUCAGAACCUGUUCCACUGGAACACUUUCACCAAGUUCUAAACGAUCUGAAGGAUGUUGAUAAUGCGGCAAGGAAAACGAAACUCCUUUUGCAGUAUGAGACAUUGAAGGAAGACAUGACAUACAGGUUUACUAAGGAUGACACUGAAGAAAAAUAUUCAGCAGCAAUGCUCGAAGAAAACAGAAAUAAAAACAGAAACAAUAGUAUACUUCCAUCUAACGAGUUCCGACCUUUCCUUGCCACUGCUAUUGCUGGGUGUACGAACUAUAUCAACGCAGUUUACAUACCGAGCUACUGCGAUAUUCAUGGCUAUAUUAUCACUCAAAACCCGUUGGAGAACACAGCAAUAGACUGUUGUCGUCUGGUAUAUGAGCAAGAGGCCAAGGUCAUAGUUACUUUUCCAUCCAAAGUGAAAGAGAAGGAUGGCACAUACUUACCAGAAGAUGGGACUGUCAACUUAGGACCAUUUACGGUGACAAAAAUGUCUGAAGAAGACAAACACUUCUACAAGAAGAAGACCUUUGUUAUGGCAUAUAAUUCAGAGGAACGAGAGCUAACCCAGCUAAUGUUCAGUUACUGGCCGGUUAAUCGCAUAAUUCCGAGCGAUCCUCUAAAAAUGCUGAACUUUAUGCAAGAAGUGGAAUUUCACAGAAGAAUAGCAGACAACAAACCUGUGCUUGUUCAGUGUCGCGACGGAUCAGAGAAGAGCGGUUUAUUUGUUGUUCUGAUGAACAUACUGGAACGUGCACGACUGGACAAUGAAGUCUCAAUUCCACAAGUUAUCAGACAGCUCAGAAUCAGACGUCAGCAGAUCAUUCCAAACUUUGAACAGUUCAAAUUUUGUCACGAUGUUCUACUGUGCCACGUUGAUAGCAAUGCAGUGUAUGCAAAUAUGUGAAUACAUAAAAAUUCACAAGUGCUUACUGGCGACAGUUAUGUACAUUGUUUUUUUUUUUAAGAUAUUGAGGACGCUUUGGACUGUGUACAGGCUUUUCAAGAAGAUUAUUUGGACAACUUAUAUUUAUAGAAUCAUCACGACAAAACAGGAAUUUCAUUAGCAUUUCCUUUAAUACUUAAAAUAUGUUUCCGCCGUAUGAAUACACAGUUAUUUACCUAUGCUUUAUCGGCAUCAAAGUCUUUGUGUGCUAACGGUAUUAUUUCGCAUCGUGAUACCAUGGAAAAUAUACUUAUUACCGCCUGCAAUUGAAACAUUGCCUGUUGAAAGAACGUGCUUUUUCGUCGCUGUAGAUAUUUGCUUCUCAAACAGUUGUAAAGCUCUGAAGGUGAAGUGAUCCGAAGCUGUCUUGUGACGUACGUGAAGCCCGCCUUUUGGGGGAAAAAUAGCUAUUUUAAUACAUCCUUCUUGAAUACAUUGUUGUAUAAAUGUUAUGCAUGGCUGGAAAAGGAUAUUAUAUAACGCUACACUGAAUAGAACUGCAUAUCUCCUAUUAUAUACCACAAACGGCCAUCGAUACAGAAGCGUUUUUAUUUUAAAUGAACAUAAAAAUAUAAUAACGGUCAUUGAUAAAAUGUUGAAAACCUAUGCUAUUCUGUCCCGAAGUUAACAGUGGCCUUGCUACCAAUUGACAAAAUUAUCUUAGAGACUAAAAAAAGUUUUAGAAUGUCCAUUCAAUGACUACAAGACAAUUUCAAUGUUUUGUUUAAGAUAUAUGUAAUACAACUUUUCAAAUUACCAAACAGAAAAACUCUUUAUAUGAGUAUGCAUUAUGCUGAAAAAAAAAUUAUACCAAAUCGAGGGUUCAACGCAAUAAGGGCGUAUCUACAUAUAAUAAUCAUAUGUAGAUAUGCCCUUAUUGCGUUGAACCCUCGAAAUGUCAUUUGAUAAGUCUUGCACUCCAGCGUUCAGACUCUGCUCGCAUUUACAAUCCAUAUACAUGCAGUUCGUUUCGUUUCUUUGCACAAAACAAAUGUAUGUUUAGAACAAGACUAGAUCUAUUGUGUUUGUGUUCGAAUCAGAGUAGAAUUGUUGAGAACGCCAACCCUUAGUGUAUUUGAUGGUAAAGCAUCUGCAAAUUUCUGUAUGGAUUUUGGUUUCAUUUUCUAUGCAUGGUUGAAGCUAAAUUGCACUUUCAUUUGAUUUAUGCAAUAUGCAUGUGCUAUCAGUUAUUCGAAUUGUAUUGAAUUAUUAUACACCCAAGUAUGCAGAACUUCUUUUUACCGAGUACAUGUAUCACUUCUUUUGCAGACUUUAUCUCUUUGUUAUAUGUGUAUAGAAGUGUCAAAGAUUCAUCCUGCAUUUUGUUGUUUGUGAACUACAUAGACUUUGGUACCGCCUGACAUAAAAUCGUGUAUGUAUGCAGCUCUGAAUAUCAAAAUACGUAAUGCACGAACUGUGCAGCGUUAAAAUUUGUUAGACCAAAUGUACAUAAACAUUUUUUCUUUAUUUGCAUAACGUUUCUUCCAGAUUAUGUAUCUGCUUUUGUUAUCUGUUUAGGGAAUCUUAAGUUUUGUUGUGUUAGGCUGUUCAUUAUGGACCAUUUCCUCUAAAGUUAAGAUUAUUUUUUUAUUGAAGCUCAAGAGCUCUAUAGCGUGUUGAAACGGUUUUUUUUUCAGAGGUUCUCCAGUUUUUACAGAGGUGUGAAAUUGCUUUCUUUGUUUUAAAACUUUUCAAAAGUUAUAUUAAAUUCAUUUAUAGACGAAAUCACCAAGGCGUUAUAUGAUUUGUGAGCAUAUCAGUCUUUGUUUCUGAAAUGAAAAACAACAUUUUCUUUAUACACACUAUUUAUCCAAUUGUCUAAAACUUAAAGUGGUAUGUGUCAUACAAUGCAGUCUAUGAAAUAAAUGUACUCUAGCGGAAUUGAUACACGUAGGCUCAACGUUUUGAAGAAAAAAACUUUGGUUGAUAAUGUGAUCAAAUACAUUUGAACAGUUUAUCAAAAACAUAGUAUUGUCAAAAAUAAGAUAUUCAAUUCAUGCUGGUAAAAUC